AUCCCUCCUGAGUGUGUUGACCAGGUGACAGAGGUACGAGGGUUCAAUGAUCCACAGAAGGAGGAGUACUUCAGGAUGAAAAUCACAGAUCAGAAUCUGGCCAAUGAAAUCAUCAAACACAUGAAGACAUCAAGGAGCCUCCACAUCAUGUGCCACAUGCCAGUCUUCUGUUGGAUAUCAGCCACUGUCCUUGAGAUGAUGCUGAAAGAGGCAGAGAAGGAUGAAGUCCCCAAAACUCUGACCCAGAUGUUCACACACUUCACGCUCAUCCAAAUCAUUGUGAAGAACAAGAAGUACAACAAAGCCACAGAGACAAACCCAAAGGAACUGUCUCAGUCAGACAAAGAGAUGAUCCUGAAACUGGCAGAGCUGGCUUUCCAACAGCUGCAGAAGGGCAACCUGAUCUUCUAUGAGGAGGACCUGAGAGAGUGUGGCCUUGAUGUCACAGAGGCAUCAGAGUACUCAGCAUUGUGUACAGAGAUCUUUAAAGAAGAAUCUGGGCUGAACCAAGAGAAGGUCUACAGCUUUGUGCAUCUGAGCAUUCAGGAGUUUCUAGCAGCAGUGCAUGCUUUAGAAUCAUGGCUGGACAAGAAGGAAAAUGUUUUUUCCCCCAAAGCAGUCACUAGUGGUUAUGAUGACUACGAUGAUGAUGAUGAUGAUGAUGAUGAUGAUGAUGAUGAAGAGUACUAUGAAGCGUUUUCAGUCAGUGAUGAUGAUGACGAGGAGAAGAAUGAUGACGAAGAUGAUGACUAUGAUGAAGAUGAGGAGAAGGAUGAUGAUGAUGAUGAG